GUAGAAGAAGACACCGAGCUGCUUGCUAAUGUUGCUAACUAACACGGAAGUAGCACGGCGUGCUAAUCAGUAUCAUUAAAUCUACAAAGAGGUGCCCUUACUUGCUUUGAAAGUUUUCAGGCUUGGAUCGGAGGUCCUGUGCCAUUUGUCUUGAACUCAUCAUUUACUACUAUGAUGGCUGCAUCCCUCAUUUAAAGUUGUGUUUUUGUCUAAAUUAAGAAAUUGCAGACGGAUGGACUAAAUUUUGGAUUGGGACUAGGAUUAGGAUAAGGACCACUCCCACAGCUAUUUGUGAAAACACGAAGUGAUCUUAAAGUCUGCAGGUGCCCCCAUUCUGUGUCAGCAGUGCCAUUCAAUCAACCACCAUGUCAGAUGGCCGGAUCUACGUGGGGAACCUUCCCGUGGAUGUCCAGGAGAGAGACAUUGAGGAUCUCUUCUAUAAAUAUGGAAAAAUCCGUGAAAUUGAAUUGAAGAACAAUAGAGGCACUAUCCCUUUUGCCUUCGUCCGUUUUGAAGACCCACGGGAUGCGGAUGAUGCUGUCUAUGGAAGGAAUGGAUAUGGAUAUGGAGACUCCAAGCUUCGUGUAGAGUAUCCUCGAUCCUCUGGUGCUAAAUUUGGUCCAAUGGGAGGUGGUGGAGGAGGAGGAGGAGGAGGACCUAGGGGAAGAUUUGGACCCCCAACUCGAAGAUCUGAAUUCCGCGUCAUAGUGACUGGGUUGCCACCAACCGGGAGCUGGCAGGAUCUGAAGGAUCAUAUGCGUGAGGCAGGAGAUGUUUGUUUUGCAGAUGUGCAACGAGACGGAGAGGGUGUGGUGGAAUUUCUCCGUAGAGAGGACAUGGAGUACGCUUUACGCAGACUGGAUCGGACCGAGUUCCGUUCACAUCAAGGUGAGACUGCCUACAUCCGUGUCUAUGAGGAGAGGGGCACUCCCAACUGGGGUCGGUCGCGUUCCCGCUCCAGAUCCAGAGGCCGCUAUUCACCUCCCUACCAUAACAGAGGAUCUCCCCCUCCACGCUACCAGUCGCCUCCACGCCACGCUAUGUCGCGCCAUAGUCCACCCCCCAGGAGGCACCCCCCACAGCACCAUAGCCCACCGCCACGUCAUUAUCGGUAGAAAGGCCCGUCAUUUAUAGAGGAAUUGGGGAAAAUGUUUUGUAAUUUUACUUUUAAUUUUAUUUUUUUUAAACCCCAGGCCUCCUCGUAGGAUACACCAUUGUUACUUCUUGCUACAUACAUUCCAUGGUCAGAAUCUCCUGAACACCCUGCUCCCUCCCACAGCCUUAAAAAUGUUUUUUUCUUUAUUCUUUAAACAUUUGUGUUAUCUCGAUACAGAAUUGAAGAUUUUUAUUAUUUUUUUCCCCUUGGUGAGAUAACUGUAUUUGAUCAUUCAAUAACAUUUGAGGUUUCUUUUAUAAAGAAAUCCUGGGUUGUACUGUCAGACUUUGACAGGAACCAGUACAAAGACAUAAUGUUAUAUUGUCCAAAACUAAUUACACAGUUCUGCAGCUAUCAGGCUAAAGGUCAUACUGCUUUUUAAACUCUUGACAAAAUUUUUCUUUUUGUGUCACAUUUUUGUAGCUUUAAGUAUGAAGUUUUUGCCAAUUUAAGAACCUGUGAAGCUAGUCAAUAUCAUCCUCUUACUGAAAACAUGUCAAAUUAGUGAGCCUUUUAGACUAGUGACACGUUGACUGUGAGCCUCACUUGUCAGAUUAUUUUUUUAAAUGAUGUGUGAACCUCUGACCGAGGUGGCCUGUAGGUGGACUAUAAUUUGUAUGCAUCUCUAAUGUUGUUUUUGGUUUUUUCUUUACCAAUAAAAUGCAAACUUUUACUGUGA